AUGACCUGCAUCCCGCAGCUACCAGUCCGUGAUUCUGAAGAAUUGAAGAGUUAUUUAUAUGGAGAACCUGCGGUUACAGGCACGCUACCUGAGAAGCGAAAUGAGAAGCGAAACUUGAAUCCUCCUCAUUUGCCUUAUCGCAUAGAUAAGUACAGUUUGACUGAUGGCGACACACUUAUAGGCACAGUAACCCACUUCGUGUCCAAUAUAGCUAUUAAUGGAAAUGAAAAGGGAGCAGACGAGUUAUUUUCUUUGCUCCAAGAUGUUGACAUUGGCCUUCGGCGAUAUCGCGUUAAGGCUCCCAUAGUGCCCGAAAUGAUGACAAAGAGUCUCCUAAAAAUUAUUGUCUUAUAUCUAUCUGGCUAUGCACACUUCGACUGGGCUUUUGACUUCGUCAACCAAGAUGAUGGAAUGGAGAAACAACGAGCAAAUGAAAUGUUAAUUAUAGGAUAUCUCAAAGGCCAUGGCAUAAAGUGGCAUAAUGACGGAAAUGAAAGACUAGAACCAACUAUCGCUACCCUUUGCCUAGGUGCUAAGGCUAAGAUGUCUUUCCGCAUGAAGCCGCUAUACUACCGGGGUGCAAAUAAGCAGGGCAUCCUACUUACUGAAGACCAUGUAGUGAAAGGGUGUCGAAAUUACGUUCGUCGAAAGAUUUUAAAGGAACAGUACUCGAGUGGUGAAUUAUUGAGGGAGGAGUACGAUAAUGAGCGAAGGAAACUUAUCCAGAAGAGUUCGAGAGAGAGGCCAACAAAAACAGUCUAG